AUGAAGCUCUCCAUCCUCAUUCUGGCAGCUGCCUCCGCCCUCGUCCUCGCCGGCCCCGAGAAGAAGGAAGACUCCGUUCUGUGCAAGAAGUGCUACAUCUACAGCCUUGAACACUGCGAGAAGGACGUCUGCAAGGACAAACUUGACGACCGCGGGCACAAAUUCUUUGGAUGGUAUAAGUGCAUGAGCGACUGUGACCGCAACGACACCUGCAAAAUGCCCACGAGCUCGGGUGGGUCGUAA